GUUUGUAUUUAAGAUCAAGAUGCCAUCAGAUGUUCGAAUCCAGCUGAUUAAUGAUUUGGCUGAUAUUGAGUACAGAUUGAGUUUUGGGUGCAAUGAUAAGUUGCAGCUUGGAUCGCUCAUUGCUUCUUUCACACGUGUUCGAUCUGCAAUGGUUGCCGCUGCAAAGUAA